GCCCACCGGUGCCCUCGGUUCCCCCCCCACCCCUCCCGGGGCCGGGAUCCCAGCGGCGCUGCGGAGGAACCGAAAGCGGCGUCCGGGAAAACGAAAGCGAAAGUCCCCGACGCGCCUUCGCUUUCGCCUCCCCGGCGCGCUCCCGAGGGCACCGCGGGGCAGGGCCGGACGCGGGGCUCGGGGCGCGAUGGCGGAGCCGGGGUCGCCCAUGAGGCUGAAGGAGUGGCUGAUUGCCCAAAUCGACAGCGGCCGCUACCCGGGGCUGCGCUGGGAGGACGGCCGCAGGACGCUGUUCCGCAUCCCCUGGAAGCACGCGGCCAAGCAGGACUACCGGCAGCAGCAGGACGCGGCGCUCUUCAGGGCUUGGGCCGUGUACAAGGGGAAGUACCACGAGGGCACGGACAAGGCCGACCCGUCCACCUGGAAGACGCGGCUGCGCUGCGCCCUCAACAAGAGCACCGACUUCCAGGAGGUGCCCGAGCGCAGCCAGCUCGACAUCUCCGAGCCCUACAAGGUGUACCAGAUCGUCUCCGACGGCACCCGUGAUGCAGAGAACGAUGGUGGCCCGCAGCCCCCAGCCAGCGAGGACCCGCAGGGUCGUGCCGCGGGGAGCCCGGCCGAGGAGGGCGUGCGGGGCGCCGGGGGGUCCUGCCACGCGGCUGCGCUCCCCCUGCUCUCUGCCCACCCGGCUGAGCGAGGGUACCACAUACGGGGAGCCUUCUACGGCUGGAACCCGACCCACGGCCACUUCCUCCCCAGACCCCCGUCCUACCUCCCCGUCGAGGACGUCAACCACUCAGACUGCUGGCUCCACGUCCGCCUCUACUACUGCGACGUGCUGGUGAAGGAGCUCACCACCCGCACGGCCGAGGGCUGCCGCAUCGCCUCCCGCGCCGAGCCGGCCGAAAGCGAGCGCCUCUACGGCCCCUCGUGCAUGGAGCAGAUCGAAUUCCCCCCACCGCGGGCUCUGGGAGGCAGCAGCCGGGUGGCUGGCGUGACCGAGGUGCUGGAGAGGCUCCUGCCCCACCUGGAGCGCGGGGUCCUGCUGUGGGUGGCCCCCGAGGGGGUCUUCAUGAAGCGCCAGUGCCAGGGCAGGGUGUACUGGAACGGGCCGCUGGCACCGCACCGGGACUGGCCCAACAAACUGGAGAGGGAGAAGACCUACAAGCUGCUGGACACGCAGCAGUUCCUGCAGCAGCUGCGGAGGUACCUGAGCCAGGGGCAGCCGGCGCCGCAGUACCAGAUCCACCUGUGCUUCGGCGAGGAGUACCCCACCAGCGCCAGCCACCACUUCCAGAAGCUCAUCAUGGCCCACGUGAGGGUUUCGGGGGGCAGACCCCAUCCUCCCGGCGGCUCUGUGCCUCCGCAGGUGGAGCCGGUGUUCGCGCGGGAGCUCUUCCAUCACGCCCAGCGCAUCGGCCCCACGCUGCUGCGCGACUGCCCCCAGCCCUGUGCCCCCGGCGCUCCCGGCCACAUCGUCCACGUCCUCCAGCAGCUCUGCCAGCCCUGAGCGGGGCAGCCGAGGCGCGACGAAGCCUCCACCGUGCUCACGGCUGCGGGGAAAGGUGCUCAGCCUCCCCGCGGCUGCGCUCCGACCCUGGAGACGAGCAGCCUCCAAGCAGCGAUGGCGCAAGCGGCCGUGUGCAGGGCACUUGGCGCAGCGGGGACGGAGGUGGGUGGAUGCUGGAUGGAGCUGGAGCCGUGGUUUUUUCCCGAGAACUGCUGGGAACCAUCUGGGGGGGGUGGCUGGGUGCUUGUUGGGCGCGCAGGGCAGCGAUCCGGGCUGGCGGGGGGACAGGGACAGGCAGCUCCGUCCUUGUGCUUGGCACCGCGGGGCCGCGCUGUUUGUGGUGUGCAGGAAUAAAAGUUGUGUUUCCUACUGCA